GAUUUAAAGUAUGAGUCCAUGUGGCAAGAUUUAAUCUUUCUAUAAAUGCCCACGAAUUGUCGUCUUUUUAAUUUCCCCGGUCGGUAGUUUCUCUCACUAGAACGUUCUCUCUCUGUUUAAAGCUCUUCUAAUAUGGCAUCUCAAGCCAGCUUGCUCCUUCAAAAACAGCUUAAAGAUCUUUGUAAGAAUCCGGUGGAUGGAUUCUCGGCGGGAUUGGUCGAUGAGAAUAAUAUUUUUGAAUGGAGCGUUACCAUUAUUGGACCGCCUGAUACGCUUUAUGAAGGGGGAUUUUUUAAUGCCAUUAUGAGCUUUCCAUUCAAUUAUCCAAAUAGCCCUCCAACAGUGAAGUUUACCUCAGAGAUAUGGCAUCCUAAUGUUUAUUCUGAUGGACGGGUUUGCAUAUCAAUUCUUCAUCCCCCAGGUGAUGAUCCAAAUGGCUAUGAGCUUGCAAGUGAACGCUGGAUGCCUGUCCAUACACAAGGGGACACAGGGUGGUCAAAACAAGCUGAUGGAUUUGAAUGGAGUGCUGACUGAUUCUAAGCUAAAAGAAAGAAUAAAGUCCAAGACAAUAUGUAAGAUACAGUUCAUAACCCAAGAGAAGGAAGACUAGAAGUUCAAAAUAAUAUGUAGGAUACUGUUUAUAAUCCAAUUGAAGGAAGGGAAAAAUGUCUCCCCUUUAUUUUUAUUUGCUUGAAAAACUAAGAUUCUUAAUGAAUGAAAGCAGCUUGUAAAAGGAGCUUUUUAAAUAAGUUUGGAUGUCAUAUGCAAGACGUGGUUCCCUCAGAAUAAUUCUAUGGUUCCAGAACUCUUUGCUCUUGUAGACUUGUACAUAUUUAUGGUUAUUUGCUUGUAUGCAUUUUAAGCUGAAUCCAUAAAAAGACCCCUGAAUGUAGUGUAUGUUGAUCGUUGACCUCAUUUAUGAUGCGAAGUAUCUGUAGAAGGCAAAUGGCAUGAAGCUAGAUAGAUUUCACUAUCACCUGCCUGCUUUCAAACUCCAAAACAACCUUCACCUGGAAUGUUGAUUCUUUUAAUUUUCUGCUUUCAAAUUUUGUUUAUUCAUCACUUUCUUUUUAAAUUGUUAAAAUUACAUCAAUUGGUCAUCACCAACAAUUUAUGCGAAGAAAUCCAUUAGGUAUCAAAGUUCUAUGGAGGUAUGAUAAUUACAUGUGAAUUAUGUACAGUUAGAAGGAUUUAAUUAGUAUGUAUGGAUGUGGAAUGAGAUGUAUUGAUGACCUCCCGUUUUCUCCUGUCCUUUUUUUUAUAUUGAACAAAAUAAUUUCCAUUUUUUCAUUGUCAGUGUAAUUACAACCAGUGUCCUUGCAUAUAUACUCAUUUUAGAUCCCCACCCCACCCCAUCCCAAAUGGUUAUCUUUGCAUCUAUGAUUGUAUUUGUUAGGUAUGAUGAGUUCUUUCCGUUUCUGGGCAGGUUGAAAGUAUUGUGUUAAGUAUCAUAUCAAUGCUCUCCAGUCCUAAUGAUGAAUCUCCAGCAAAUGUUGAAGCUGCA